AAGUGCGGUAACAUUGUUUAUGGUGCGGAUAUUGUCACGUUGUAUUGCCAGUAUCUUUUUGGUCUCUUUCUUAAUAAAAUUUCUGUAAAACAACAUCGGUUCGUUUUUUUUAACCACGGUAAACCUUUGUCUGAAAACAACUUCUAAGCAGAUAAUUCGACGGCAGGUUUUACUUCUGUUGUGAAAGCUUGUAGGCGACAAGGCAAAGCAGAAUGCCCGAGGAGAAGGAAAUUAUCAAGAAACAGAAGACUGAUGAGGACAUCGACCGCCUUAGGUGGAGGGUUCGCCUCGCGUGGACGUUCAUCCUGACAUGGAUUCUGCACGCCUCUUCACGCUCUCUACAGGGGUUCUAUGCAUCAUCAACCUCAGCAUGGGCUUUGCAAGUGGCCACAAAUGUCACAGAGCAAAAACAUCAUGUGUCAAGGGACAAGCGCGGUCAGAUCCUUGGCAACCUAAGAGGCUUCCGAGGAUGCACUGUGUGGUUCACAGGACUGUCUGGAGCAGGAAAAACAUCUAUUGCAUUUGAGCUGGAAGCAUACCUCAUCUCACGAGGUAUACCUUCAUAUGGUCUUGAUGGAGACAAUGUGAGAACAGGCCUCAAUAAAGAUCUAGGCUUCAGCAAGGAAGAUCGUGAAGAGAACAUUCGUAGGGUGGCUGAAGUGGCGAAGUUGUUCGCUGACAGUGGAGUUGUUGCACUAUGCAGUUUUGUUUCUCCAUUUGCUGCUGACAGAGAAAUGGCACGUAAAAUCCACAAGGAAAGUGAUUUGCCAUUUUUUGAAGUCUUUGUUGACACACCGCUGAAUGUAUGUGAACAACGUGAUGUUAAGGGCUUAUACAAGAAAGCUAGACAGGGAAGCAUUAAAGGUUUCACUGGAGUUGAUCAGGCAUAUGAAAAACCUGAAAAUCCUGACUUGGUAGUGAAGACAGUUAACUCAAGUGUUGAAGAAAGUACAAUGCAAGUUGUAGAAUUUUUGCAGGAGCAUGGUAUAAUUCCACCAACAUUAAAAGCGAGUGAUGAGGUCCAUGAGCUGUUUGUACCUGAGAAUAGGCUAGCAGCAGCAAAAGAGGAAGCAGAGCAUUUGCCUGCUUUGGAAAUCACAACACUAGAUCUUCAGUGGCUGCAGGUUCUAUCUGAAGGAUGGGCUUCACCCCUUGAAGGCUUCAUGCGCGAAGACCAAUUUCUGCAGGCCAUUCACUUCAACUGCCUGCCUGAGAAAGCUGGAAUUAACCAGUCUGUUGUAAUUGUACUACCAGUACAUACAGAAGACAAGGACCGACUUGAUGGGAUGUCAGCCUUUGCUUUAUCCUAUGAGGGAAGGAGGGUAGCUAUUCUCCGUAAGCCAGAAUUCUAUGGUCACCGUAAGGAGGAACGUGUCUGCCGUCAGUUUGGUACAUCCCACAGAGGACACCCUUACAUUAAGAUGAUUUAUGAAAGUGGUGACUGGUUAGUCGGCGGUGACCUGGAGGUACUUGAAAGGAUCCGAUGGAAUGACGGGCUAGACAGCUAUCGUCUAACGCCACUUGAACUUCGAGCAAGGUUUAGGGAAAUGGGUGCAGAUGCUGUUUUUGCAUUCCAGCUUCGAAACCCAAUCCACAAUGGACAUGCAUUACUUAUGCAGGACACAAAACGAAGGCUCUUGGAGGAGCAUGGCUUCCGGAAACCAGUGCUGCUUCUGCAUCCUUUGGGUGGUUGGACAAAGGAUGAUGAUGUACCCCUGCCAGUGAGAAUGGAGCAGCAUAAAGCAGUAUUAGAUGAAGGAGUACUCGAUCCAGAGUCUACCCUGUUGGCGAUUUUCCCAUCUCCAAUGCAGUAUGCAGGACCCACUGAAGUUCAGUGGCACGCAAAGGCUCGAAUGAAUGCUGGAGCAAACUUUUACAUAGUUGGCAGAGAUCCAGCUGGUAUGCCUCAUCCAGAGCGUGAAAAAGGAGACCUGUACGAUGCAACACAUGGAGCUCGUGUGCUGCGUAUGGCUCCUGGGCUGUCUGCACUUGAAAUAAUACCUUUCAGAGUAGCUGCAUAUGACAAGAAAGCUGGACGCAUGGCGUUCUUUGAACCUCAGCGUAAAGAGGACUUUGAGUUCAUCUCAGGAACAAAGAUGAGAGGUUUGGCUCGUUCUGGACAGCUUCCACCAGAUGGGUUUAUGGCCCCAAAAGCAUGGAAAGUUUUGUCAGGAUAUUACCAGUCACUUCAGAGCAAGUAAUGGGUGUUCUGUUGUGCAGAACUGUAGCUGUUGCUUGAAGAAAGAAUUAGUGCUUCAAUUCUAAAUUAAGUACUUGAGCUACAGUAUUACUGUGAUAGUACAAUGCUGGCUGUUUCUGUCAGCUGCAAAAAUGUAUGACUUAAGGAUCUUUUGCAUUCAGAAACAUUGUGGAAACCACAUGUAUGUAAAUAUUGUUAACUGGAGUAGAGCCCUAAUAUUCCCUUAAAGUCACAAACGUCUUACAAUGACUGCACAUUAUUAUUUUUUAAUGUUUAAUGUAAAAAGAGCAUUCCAAACACAUGUGUUUCUGCAAGUAAGAUAUUCACUGUAUCUUAAAAUGAAAAUAUGCAUUUUACCUUUAACUGUAACAUUACCAAUUUUAAGUUACUUGGUAAGUAUGUUACUUGUCAAGUCUGUAUUUCAAAACAAGUUGCAUUUAGCUGUAAAGCUCACAGAACAAUUGUUAUUCAUUGAGCGACUUUGGGAUGUUGCUGCUGCAUUGUUUCAUGUACCUGAAAGGAUAUGAAAUACUGAGGUAAGAGAAGAUAAGGGCAGGCAAUGUAUCUGGGACAGAUAACCUCAAUAUCUAUGAGUGGUUUGCGCUGAUUCUCAGCAGAUUAUCUUUUCUGUGAAGCAUUACAGUAUAUCUCCACACUGCUGCUGAAGGGAAGAAGGGGGCACAUAUACUCACCAGAUUUUUAUUGUACAUUCCAAAGAGCUGUAUCGUAUGAUAUCUGUUAGUUAAGAAAAAUUAACUUUGCACUUCUCAGCUUAUAUGUCUGUACAAUUGCAUCUGCCAUGAAGGAAGGAUGACAUCUAUAUUAACAAUGUGAAUUAUGGUGCUAUGUGCUGUUUGUAUAUUUUAUGUAAUUUUUAAUCCUCCCCACUGCGUGCAAUACAUGCCAUUUCAAAUUAAAUUAUGACUUGUGUUAUAUUUGUUAUUUCAGAAUACAUGUUAUUGUCAAAAAUGGU